AUGGCCUUUUGCGUCCUCGAGGCGCUCAUUGUAGUCGUGUAUUUCCAGCGACGACAAGCAACGGGCACAACGCCCCAGCAGCCACCGUCGGCGAGAUGUCACUAUCCCCAGAGACCCGAAACGCUGCGAGACGGCUUGGCUGCAAAGUUGGAUUUCAUCUCAACACAGGUGCAGAUAGCAUAG